UACGCCAAAGGAGCAAAGUUUGCCCACACUUUAACACAUUAGGUCAUAAACUGUUGCUCAAGAAGAACGAGAAAUCAAAAGUCAUUGUUGCCUUCUGCUACUCUCAUCUUCUCUUUCAAAUCCUCUAUUUUUGAAUCAUCUUAUCUGGAUUAAUCUGGCUUUCUCUCGAAUCUUCUGUGGAAUUUUAUUCACUUUAGUGAAGAGAUGACAACGCUGACAGCAAAUGGCACUUCAUGGCAACCUCAAGAGCAAGGUAUUAAGGAGAUUUGUGCUUUAUUGGAGCAGCAAAUAUCACCCGUUUCGACUUCAGAAAAAUCUCAGAUCUGGCAGCAGCUGCAACACUAUUCUCAGUACCCCGAUUUCAAUAAUUACCUGGCUUUCAUCUUUUCUCAUGCCGAGGUUAAACCAUUGGAAGUUCGACAAGCUGCAGGCUUACUUCUAAAGAAUAAUUUAAGAACUUCUUUUAAAAAUAUGGACCCCGCUAAUCAGCAAUAUAUAAAAUUGCGGUUAUUGCCUUGUUUAGGAUCACCUGAUAGGCACAUUCGUUCGACGACUGGGACGAUUAUUAGUGCUAUUGUGCAGUUAGUUGGGGUUAUUGGUUGGACUGAGCUAUUAACGGCUCUCUUAACUUGCUUAGACAGUACUGAUCUCCAUCAGGUUGAAGGAGCAAUGGAUGCUUUAUCAAAGAUUUGUGAAGAUGUACCUCAAAUGCUUGAUUUAGAUGUUCCGGGAAUGACUAAACGCCCAAUCAACAUUUUCCUCCCUAAAUUGUUUGAGUUUUUUCGCUCAACGCAUGCCAUACUAAGGAAGCUUGCAUUGAAUUCUGUCAAUCAGUAUAUCAUGUUAAUGCCAUCUGUAAGUCUUGAAAUAGCUCAUAUUGUAGAUGUAUUUAUAUAUAACCAUUAUGUAUGCUUUUUUUGGUUUCAGUAUCUAUAUUUGUCAAUGGAUCAAUACCUUCACGGCUUGUUUCUUCUUGCUAACGAUCCUGCUCCCGAGGUGCGAAAACUGGUCUGUUCGGCAUUUGUUCAGCUUGUUGAAGUAAAGCCCUCGUUUCUUGAGCCCCAUAUAAGGAAUGUCAUAGAAUACAUGCUACAAGUCAACAAGGAUGGGGAUGAAGAAGUGGCACUUGAAGCUUGUGAAUUCUGGUCUGCUUAUUGUGAUGCACAAUUACCACUUGAAACCUUGAAGGAGUUUGUGCCAAGACUUAUCCCUGUUUUGUUGUCAAAUAUGGUUUAUGCUGAUGAUGAUGAGUCAUUAAAUGAAGCUGAGGAGGAUGAGUCUGUACCAGAUCGUGAUCAGGAUUUGAAGCCUCGGUUUCAUUCAUCUCGUUUCCAUGGAUCAGAUGAUGUGGAGGAAGAUGAUGAUGUUGUCAAUGUAUGGAAUCUGCGAAAAUGUAGUGCCGCUGCUUUGGAUAUUCUAUCGAAUGUGUUUGGGGAUGAAAUUCUUCCUACAUUAAUGCCUUUGAUUCAGGCUAAUUUAGCAACCAACGAUGAUCAGUCUUGGAAACACAGAGAAGUUGCAGUUUUAGCUAUUGGAGCUGUGGGUGAAGGAUGUAUUAAUGGUUUGUACCCUCAUCUCCAAGAGAUAAUCAACUUUCUCAUCCCCCUUUUAGAUGAUAAAUUCCCUCUUAUACGUAGCAUUGCUUGCUGGACAAUUUCUCGUUUCAGCAAAUUUGUGGUUCAGGGCAUUGGUGAGCAGAAGGGGAAUGAACAGUUUGAUAAAGUACUAACAGGUCUUUUACGAAGAAUAUUGGACUCAAAUAAACGCGUACAGGAAGCUGCUUGUUCAGCUUUUGCGACACUUGAAGAGGAAGCUGCUGAUGAGCUGGCACCACGGUUAGAAACUAUAUUGCAGCACUUGAUGUGUGCUUUUGAGAAAUACCAGAGAAAAAAUUUGAGGAUUGUCUAUGAUGCAAUUGGAACAUUAGCUGAUGCUGUCGGAGGGGAGUUAAAUCAGCCUAGGCAUCUAGAAAUCCUAAUGCCUCCGUUGAUUGCAAAGUGGCAGCAACUCUCUGAUUCUGAUAGGGAUAUAUUUCCUUUGCUUGAGUGCUUUACGUCCAUAGCUCAGGCACUGGGUCCAGGAUUUUCCCAGUUUGCCGAGCCUGUUUUUCAGAGGUGCAUAAACAUCAUCCAGACACAACAAAUGACAAAGGGAAAUACAGGUUCUGCUGGUGUUCAGUAUGACAAAGAGUUUGUUGUGUGCUCUCUAGAUUUGCUUUCUGGAAUGGUAGAGGGCCUUGGUAGUGGCAUAGAGAGUUUGGUGUCACAGAGCAUUUUGAGAGAUUUGCUUUUGCAAUGUUGUUUGGACGAUUCUCCUGAUGUUAAACAAAGUGCUUUUGCACUUCUUGGUGAUCUUGCAAGAGUUUGUCCUGUUCAUCUUCGCCCUUGUUUGCCACAGUUUCUUGAUGUUACGGCGAAGCAACUGGAAAUUUCCAACUUGAAAGAGACAAUUUCUGUAGCUAAUAAUGCUUGUUGGGCGAUUGGUGAAUUAGCAGUCAAGGUUCCGCAAGAUAUCUCCCAAGUUUUAAUGACAGUUACCUCUUCCCUAGUUCUAAUACUUCAGCAUGCACAGGAGCUUAAUAAAUCCCUUACAGAGAACGCUACUAUUACUCUUGGAAGAUUUGCCUGGGCUUGUCCAGAGCAAGUAUCGCCACAUAUGGAGCAUUUUAUGCAACCAUGGUGCAAAGCAUUGGCCAUGAUUCGUGAUGACAUUGAAAAAGAAGAUGCUUUUCGAGGUUUAUGUGCGAUGGUUAAAAGGAAUCCUAAUGCAGCUUUGAGUUCACUACCCUUUUUGUUCAAAGCAAUUGCAAGUUGGCAUGAAAUUAGAAGCCCGGAUCUGCACAAUGAAGUAUGUCAGGUGUUGCAUGGCUAUAAACAGAUGCUCGGGACGCAAUGGGACCAAUGUAUCUCCUCUUUGGAGCCACAAGUGAAGGAGAAAUUGUCGAAGUAUCAAAUAUAGAAUUUGUCAUUAUUCAAUUCAGACAUCUGAAUAUUUGUCAUCCCCAAGUCUCAUGAUAUCACUGUUUUGAUUCUAAUCCGCUCCAAGACUGGUGACUCCGAUUUUUGGCAUAGCAACACAAAUAUGAAGCUCAGGUUCCCUCUGAGUGAUAAAGUGAAUAGAAGAUUUGCGUGGGACAUACAUGCUGUGAACUGGUCUUAGUAGCUUUGGUUUUUUGGGUUUGGCUUCUCUUUCAUAUAUUUGGAUAUUGAAGAGAAGUAAUGUAUCAUUGUCUAUGUGUACAUUCUUCAUGAUAUACCGAGGCAAAAUACUUUUUUCCAUUCAUUUGAUUAUGUUGGUCGGAACAGAAAUCAAGUUUCCUACAAGUUUUGAUGCAUUUAGUCCCAUAAGUUAUGAUGAAAACAUUGUCUUGCAGUAGUUUUUCAUGAUUUGUUAGAAUUCAUUUAUAUUUUUUGUCAUUCCUGUACUUUGAAUGAUAAACAUUGUUCUCAAGUGAAUUUUCAUGUAUACUUUCAGUUUGUCAGAAACAUAUUGGUACUUUUCUUUUGGUGUUUAUGUAUGUUCAUGCUUUUUAUACUUUUCGAAGUGUCACAUGAUCAACGUUCAUCAUCAUCAACCCAAUAAUCCGCUCGAAAAUAGGGUUUGUUUGAGGGAAGGUUACAAAUAAUUCAUACCUACAACUCUUGGAAGAGAGUGCCAGAGGAAUGUGGUUAAUCUUACCCCAAAAGAUAAAAGCCAUGCAUAGAGAAGAAUAUGAGUGAUAUUCUUACCUCAAGAGCAAAAAUACUUGAAUAAAAAUAACAUUAGCCAAAACUCGGGUUGAAACAAAAUAAUAAUCAACGUUCUUUAGAAUGUCUGUUUCAGCUGUUUAUAAAAUUUAUAAAAUAUUGCCUCAA